AUGCGAGAAUUACUUAUCUUCCUGGUGCUGACCAUCAUCACCAUCGAGGCCGGCUUCACGCCCCAUUUUUCAAGAUGGCUCGACAAUUAUUAUGGGCCGCAGAUUAGGACGCAGAUGGAGAGGGUCGAUUUGGGCCCCAAGGGCUCAUUUGGCGGCAAGCAAAAUGAUGCCGAUCCGGUCGUUAAUCAGCCAGUCGUCUUUGUCCAUGGCGUCUCCGACACGGCCGGGGAGAAGCCGACCGAAGCGGCGAAUUGGUUUAGAAACAAAGCCGGUUAUCGCUCCUCCGAAGUUUAUUCGACCACAUAUUUUAAUGGAGCCCAGGGGAAUCCGUUGAAGUGGGUCGAGUAUUCGAUGAAGUGUGAAUAUGUUAAGCAGGUCCGAGCCCUGAUUGUCGCGGUCCGUUUAUACACCGGUCGCCAGGUAGACGUCAUUGGGUUUUCCCUCGGAGUCGUCGUUUCCAGGAAGGCUAUCCUUGGAGGUCACUGCGUCGACUCCGGCGAGUACCUUGGCGGACCCUUGACCAAGUUUAUCGACACCUACGUUGGCGUGGCCGGCCCUAACCAUGGCAUCUCACUACAGAUGGCCGGCCUGCAACUCCCGGCUUGCCUCUUCGGUGGUCUCCCAAUUUGUAACCAACUGAACGGAUUAUACUCUGGAAAUUGCCCGCAGACUAGCAGAUAUCUACAGGACAUCAACGCCAUCCAACGCUACGAGGGGCAACAUAUUUACACCAUCUACAGUAAGCAGGAUCAGACCGUUGGCUUCGUCGUUUGUGGAGGGCUAACCUCCCAAAUCGCCGGCCAAGAUGGAGAGCGACAAUACGACGGCUUGAAGCACGAUGAAUGCUUCCACUCCACCCACAAUAUCCAACUGCACAUGGUCCGCGAUCAUCAGGUGAUCCAGGAA